CUCAGAAGCACGGUUAGAAAGCCAUCUUUGCUAACGACUGAGACAGAAAACCAAGACUAAAUCAUCAAGCAACAAACAAUGUCAGCUCCUAUUCCUUCCCAAGGUGUCAGUGCUGCUUCCAGUCCAGGAGCUCCUCCUCAGAGCAAUGUGACCAGCAAUCGGAGACUGCAGCAAGCCCAGGCUCAAGUGAAUGAGGUGGUGGACAUCAUGCGGGUCAAUGUAGACAAAGUACUAGAGAGAGACCAGAAGCUUUCAGAACUUGAUAACCGAGCAGAUGCUUUGCAAGCAGGAGCCUCACAAUUUGAAACCAGUGCAGCUAAGCUGAAGAGGAAAUAUUGGUGGAAAAACUGUAAGAUGAUGAUUAUGCUGGGUGUAGUAUGUGCAGUCAUUCUUAUCAUAAUUAUAAUUUAUUUCUGCACCUGAAAUAUUAAGGUCAAAUGGCUUGGUGUGACUACACUCAUCUUUUCUGAUAAUUCCACAAAUGAAAUUGACAUUUUAAUUUUUAGUUUUGGGGCUGGUUGCCUGCAACAAUGUGUAAGGAUUGUUUCUUUGGGGUUCUCUUUUCAGGUUUUGUUUUGAUCAAGGGGGGUGGUUGUUGUUUUUUUGUUUAUUUGGUAUGUGCUGUUCCUAGAAAAAAGUGUGCCAGUUAAAAUACUGCCGUCUAGUUUCACUCAUUGAUCUCUUGCUAUGUCUUAAAACAUGAAAAUGCUGAUCUUUAAAAAACUCUCAUUCUUGAAAGCUAUUUCAUUUGAAUUAAAUGAACAAAAAAAAGUCACCAGUGUAAAAAUAAAAGGGAUGUUGUAAAUGGGCUCUGACUGAAAAGAGAUUAAAUGAUGGAAAAGCUGUUUGCAAAAUUAGGUGCCAUUUAGACCACAAAACCCACCUCAGAUUCAUAAGAGCUGAUCUUUAUAAAAGUGGAGUACGGUAUGCAUUAAAAGC